AUGUCCAAACACGUCCUUACGUUUGCUGAGUAUAGUCAUUCUAUAAAUGGCAAGAGGAAUAAUGCCAGCCAAAAUCCAAGCGAACCCAUAACUCACCACGAUUCAUUCUUCUUUCUCGUUUUGCUCAAUACUUCAACAGUUUUCAUGAAUAUGGAGAGCAAGGUGAUUUCCAGUGAAUACAUAGAGCCAUCUUCUCCGACACCGUCACACCUCAGGACCUACAACCUCUCAAUGCUCGACCAGGUCAUGGAACCUGUUUUCAUCCCCAUUGUCCUCUUCUUCCCUCCUUGUUCGGACAACAUUGUCAAUGACCAUGCCGAUGCCUUCUUGCAAGUUACUCAGCAGCUGAAGCAUUCUCUUUCAUCCAUUCUAACCCGAUUUUACCCUCUCGCUGGAAGAGCCAACCAAUACAAGCAUUCUAUCGACUGCAACGACGCCGGAGUUCAUUUCAUUGUUGCCCGAUUUUCAGGCCAUCGGUUGUCAGAUCUUCUUAAAAAACCAGACAAGGAUCUGUCCGAUCAGCUGUUUCCUAGAAAAGUCACCUGGGAUUCUGAAAUGGAUCCUGAAUGUAAGAUUUUGCAAAUCAAAGUCAGUUAUUUCGACUGCGGCAGCGUUGCCAUCGGCGCCAUCUUUUGGCACAAGGUAGGUGAUGCCGCGACAAUGGUGAAUUUCUUGAAGGCCUGGGGAAGUACGAAUCGGGGAAGCAAAGAAGGAGUUUGUCCUAAUUAUAUCUCCCAAUAUCUAUUCCCACAUAAGGAGGAAUUACUCGAAAAACAUCGCCCUGCGCAACGCAUUUUGAACGAAGGGAAAUGGACAACUAAGAGAUACAUAUUCGACUCCAUUGCAAUUUCGUCCCUCAAGGCCAAAACAGGCCUGGAAAACCCUACCAGGGUGGAGGCUGUGUCAGCAUUUCUCUGGAACUGUUUCAUGGCAGCAUCCUUAAAAAAUGGAAAAUCCACUUCAGCAGUCGCCAUUGCAGCCAACUUGAGAGGGCGAGCUCAUCCUCCCUUCCCAUCAGAUUGUUUCGGGAACUUCAUUUCCAUCACAACAGCAUCAAGCAUGAAUCGAACCACAGGAGAGUACAAAGACCUAGCAAGGAAAUUUAGGGAUACCAUAAAAAAAGUGGAUGGUGAAUAUGUUAGCAGACUGCAAGGGGAUGGAGGGCUUUUGGGUUUAGAUGCGAAGAUGCAUUCGUUGUUUGCAGAAGUCCCCGAUGGGGCUGAUCUGCUGACAAUGUCGAGCUGGUGCCGAUUUGGUGGUUACGACAUCGACUUUGGAUGGGGAAAGCCUCUUUGGAUGACAGCAUUCUUCCAUGGAGGCAGUGAUUCGGAGAGGUCGAGGUACAUGAAUUUAGUUAGCUUAAUGGACACCAGAAACGGGAAUGGAAUCGAGGCGUUGGUUACUCUUGGAGAGACACACAUGCCCUUCUUCGACGCCAUUGAAGAGCUCCACAACCUCGCUUGCAUCGAACCAAGUCCGCUCCACAACAUGCAUUCUCUUUAAUGAAUAUAUCUUUCAAAAAAGAAAUAAAUUGCAUAAUAUCCCACUAUGUUUUAAGUAUA